AUGUUUCCCCCAACUAUAUAAACGUGGGAACUUGUCCAUUAUUGUACACAGACGUGGUGAAGGCUGAAGAGUAAACCAGGUCACUGAGGAGAUAUACGCCGCCUUGGGAAGAGUGUGAUAUCUGCAUGUUGGUAAGGAGAAAGUCAGCUUGGUCAGUAGAGAUGUUGGCAGUGCUGGUGGUAUUGGUGACGUUGGUCCCCACUUGGAGUGACGGACUCUUGCUGACGAAGUGCGAGCUGAAGUCUCAGCUUGAGGCAGCAUUUUCUAAGCUGCAAGUAGAGAAUGCUGCAGACAUUAUUGCUAAAUUGGCCUGCACAGUAGAAAACAUUUCUGGGUUCAACACCAGUCUUGUAAACAACAUUGACCAAUUCGACCCCGGAACCCUGAUCAUAGCUCCUUUUGUAUGUUUUAAUGAUGAAGAUUACCCUGCUGAAAUGGGAGAAUUGCCCUUAACAACAAAUACUGUGAGCAACGACUAUGUAUUUCCUGAAAGCACAGAGGGGACUGAAGAGCCUUCAACUCCUCUACAAGUAGUGGGUGAAGACAAGUUCACUCCUGGACAAGAUGGAGAAAGUGUUGAUGUCGAUGCGCAAGCCAGGAAGCAAAGGGAAGCUCCAUCUGAGGAUGAAGGCGAUGGCUCUGGAGCAGGAUUGAUUGACGAUGGAGACAUUUUACACGCAACAGUCGAAUCUCACAGAUUGCCUGACCCCACAGAUGUAGAUAAUGAAAUCUAUAAAAUGCUAUUUGGUCCCACAGAUUUACCACCAGACAGCACAGCAGAGCCCAACGAUAUACCGUAUGAUGAUUAUGAAAUGAUAUUUGGUCCCACAGAUUUACCACCAGACAGCACAGCAGAGCCCAACGAUAUACCGUAUGAUGAUUAUGAAAUGCUAUUUGGUCCCAAAAGUUUACCACCAGACAGCACAGCAGAGCCCAAAGAUAUACCGUAUGAUGAUUAUGAAAUGAUAUUUGGUCCCAAAGGUUUACCACCAGACAGCACAGCAGAGCCCAAAGAUAUACCGUAUGAUGAUUAUGAAAUGAUAUUUGGUCCCAAAGGUUUACCACCAGACAGCACAGCAGAGCCCAAAGAUAUACCGUAUGAUGAUUAUGAAAUGAUAUUUGGUCCCAAAGGUUUACCACCAGACAGCACAGCAGAGCCCAAAGAUAUACCGUAUGAUGAUUAUGAAAUGAUAUUUGGUCCCAAAGGUUUACCACCAGACAGCACAGCAGAGCCCAAAGAUAUACCGUAUGAUGAUUAUGAAAUGAUAUUUGGUCCCACAGAUUUACCACCAGACAGCACAGCAGAGCCCAACGAUAUACCGUAUGAUGAUUAUGAAAUGCUAUUUGGUCCCAAAAGUUUACCACCAGACAGCACAGCAGAGCCCAAAGAUAUACCGUAUGAUGAUUAUGAAAUGCUAUUUGGUCCCAAAGGUUUACCACCAGACAGCACAGCAGAGCCCAAAGAUAUACCGUAUGAUGAUUAUGAAAUGCUAUUUGGUCCCAAAGGUUUACCGCCAGACAGCACAGCAGAGCCCAAAGAUCCCUUGGAUAUACCACUGAAUACCAUAGGACCUCUUGAGCCUGAAACUAAGAAAAGAUCUAAACGUAGCUCUGAAGACCAGACUCUACUUUAUGGAAUCUUCCAGCUGAGUGAUAUAACAUGCAAUUCAGGAUUAAGCUACAGUCUGGAUCUUUGUCAACUGAGCUGUAGUGCUCUGACUGAUGAUGACAUCACUGAUGACAUUGCUUGCUUGAUGGGUUUGGAUGAGAAAAUGGUGCGGAUGACGUUCCUACAGGAGUGUCUGUCAGUGGAGCCCUCAGACUACUUUGCAGAGUGUGGCUGAAAUGACCAGAUCAUAUUGUACGGGACUCAAAUGUUAUCCUGACUGGGUGUCGUGUGCAGCUUUAUUAUUGCUUCAGGACAGCAAGUGUUGUAGUUUCUUUUUAUAUUAAGAAUGGUUGUGUUGAGUAAUGGGUGAGGUAUUCAAGAAUGUAUAUUACAAUUUCCUGAAUUUUUAAUAUGCAUUUAAUAAAGAAUGUUGUGCCUAUUGUAAUGUCACAUGCUCUCCAGAAGUAACCAAUAUAUCUCUGUCAUUCAUUAAAAACAACAACAACGAA